GGUGUGUGGAGACCGUCACGUGACGCUGCGUCUGGCUGCUGUCAUACUGGUAUAAAUCCACCUCUGUAUAUUCCGUCAGUCCUUUGCUCCACGUAAAGCUGCAGUGUCUUCAAGUCCAGGCUACAAAGUAGCUUCGACUUCUUCUUCAGUCAUGGCUGACCAGGCUUUUGUGACGUUGGCUACCAAUGACAACUAUGCUCGGGGAGCCAUGGUUUUGGGCAAGUCCCUGCGCAACCACAAUACAUCCAAGAAACUGGUGAUACUCAUUGGUCCACAGGUGUCAGAGCCUUGCCAGUCCGUGCUGAAGAGGAUCUAUGAUGAGGUGAGGGAGGUGGAUGUGCUGGACAGUGGCGACACAGCUCACCUGGCCAUGAUGAAGAGGCCUGAUCUGGGCUGCACCUUCACCAAACUCCACUGCUGGACCCUCACACAUUACUCUAAAUGUGUUUUCAUGGACGCAGACACACUGGUUCUUUCAAAUAUAGAUGAACUAUUUGACAGAGAAGAAUUGUCAGCUGCUCCCGACCCUGGGUGGCCCGACUGCUUCAACUCUGGUGUGUUUGUUUUUCAUCCUUCUAUGGAGACCUAUGACAAACUGCUUCAGUAUUGUACAGAACACGGCAGCUUUGAUGAUGCAGCAGGCAGCUGUUUUCAGCCAGAAACUUCUAAUAUUCACAGUACGCUACCUGCACAGCACAAAACAACAGAAAGUCAAAGAGGAGACCAAGGUGUUUUGAAUGGCUUCUUCAGCAACUGGGCAACAGCUGAUAUAUCAAAACACCUUCCCUUCAUCUACAACCUCAGCAGCAUAGCCAUCUACACUUACCUUCCAGCAUUCAAACAAUACGGUGGCAAUGCUAAGGUGGUCCAUUUCCUAGGGAAGACCAAGCCAUGGAGUUACACAUUUGACCCCAAAGCCAAACAGAUCACAGGGACUGUGCAUGAGGACACUACACAUCCCAACUUCCUCCUGGACUGGUGGAACUUGUACUCCAGCGCUGUGGUGCCCAUGCUGCAUGAGCAAUAUGGAGACGAGCCGUUUCACUCCGGAUGUGUGGAGUUCCAGCAUAGUGAAACGGUCACUCACACAGUGGUCACUUUUGAGAGUGAACAGGUUGUUGCGCAGGUUGAAAGCUUCUCUUCACAUGAACAAGUACCCGAACCCCAGCUGUCCUCAGAAGAACGGAAAGAGAAAUGGGAGCAAGGUCAGGCAGACUACAUGGGAAUGGACUCAUUUGACAAUAUCAAGAAAAAGCUUGAUACCUUUCUCAAAUAAAGAAGGAAUGAAGUGGAAUAUCAACAGAGCACAUGCAGUUUAACAAACUCACGACAGGUCUUUCAAGAAACAGGUCGCAUUUUUCCUUCCUGUUUCUCAACUAGAAAUGAGUUGAGUCUCUCUCUCCACCAGCAAUUCCCUCUCCACACUCCAAAGACAGAGCCAUUUAAAUGGGAAAUUAAGAGUUAAAUUUUAUCAUUGGCUUUAAUUGCCUGUGCAAGACUGUCAUUAUCCAGUGUACCACAAGUAUCUGUUCUGCUCCACUGAGAGGAAAGUCAGGAAAAAUUUAUUAUAACACGAAUUCACUUUUUGGAGUUACAUGGAUUAAAACUUAGCAUUUUUUCAUGUUAGUGCUCUUUUUGAAAAAGGUGAUGGUAACAAGAUUUGAACUGGGCCUUAUGUAACUGUUACUAAGCAUUGGAGUCACGUAUAUGUACAUUCUUAAUUUUUCCUUCUUUUUUUUUUACGAUACAGUCAUCUAGCAAUCUUCUGAGCAUUAAUAUUUUCUUUUCUCUGAAGUUUAUUUCUCUUGCUUUUGAGCUGAACAGCCACUGUUUAACAUAAAUAUAAAACAUGUUUACAGCACCUCUAAAUGCCCUAGAUGGUCAUUUAGUUGCCAUACAUAUAGAUCCUCAGUGCCUUAGUGUCUUGCUCUCUCCACUGCCAUCAUCUUAUCUGUUCCUGGCUAGCAGCUUUUCAAUAUGUGAUUAGGUUUUUAACUUUCUUGCAUUUUACUUGACCAGGAUGUUGGCUGUACUACAAAAUCUUUCAUCUGGAAACAUUAAAAACAUGAAAAGUUG